AUGUCAAUUUGGUCUGAUUCCAAAAUCAAUAGCUCCGUCUUCCUCCUCACGGGUUUCCCUGGUUUGGAACUGGAAUAUCCAUGGAUCUCCAUCCCCUUCUCCUGUAUCUAUGCUAUGGUACUUUUGGGAAACUGCCUUGUUCUCCAUGUCAUCCGGACUGAGCCAAGCCUGCAUGAGCCCAUGUUCUACUUCCUGGCCAUGCUGGCCCUCACUGACCUGUGCAUGGGGCUUUCCACAGUGCACACGGUGCUGGGGAUCCUGUGGGGGUUCAGCCAGGAGAUUGAGUUGGACGCCUGCAUUGCCCAAACCUUCUUUGUUCACGGGCUCUCCUGCAUGGAAUCUGGAGUCCUUCUCGCCAUGGCCUUUGAUCGUUUUACCGCAAUUUGUAAUCCUCUGAGAUAUACAUCCAUUCUUACCAAUACCAGAGUCAUCAAAAUCGGCAUGACCAUUUUAGCAAGGAGUUUCCUGUUAAUUACUGCUCCCAUUGUCCGGUUGAAGUUCUUCCAUUAUUGUCAUCCCCAUAUUCUCUCUCACUCUUUCUGCCUGCACCAAGACUUGCUCCGGCUGGCCUGCUCUGACAUUCGAUUCAACAGCUUCUAUGCCUUAGCCUUGGUGAUUUGCACUCUCUUUUUAGAUUCUGUGUUUAUCCUCAUUUCUUAUAUCUUGAUCCUGAACUCAGUCUUGGCUAUUGCAUCCCAGGAGGAGCAGCUAAAAUCCUUGCAGACCUGCAUCUCCCAUAUCUGUGUAGUCCUGGUUUUCUACAUCCCAAUCAUCGGACUGACCAUGGUACACCGCUUUGGGAAGCACCUCUCUCCUAUUGUCCAUGUCCUCAUGGGUAACAUCUAUAUCCUUUUCCCACCCUAGAUGAACCCCAUCAUCUAUAGUGUCAAGACUCAGCAAAUCCGUAGCAGGAUCCAGAGAUGGUUCACUCUGAAAAAGAACUGA